GUGGCGGGGCGGGACCCGGCGGGCGCUCCCGCGCGCACUCGGCCGCCUGAGCGAUAUUAAAAUGUCCGACGAUGGCAAUGACACCUUAGUCACUGGAGACAAAACAGAAAUUACUGACGUGCCCAGUAGUGACACUUCACCCGAAGAUGCAGAAGUGCACUGUGAUUCAGCUACAAUUUCAAGUGAGCUAACGCCAGCUGACCCCAGAGGAGACGUGCAAGAAAAUGCAGCCAUUCAGGGUGCAGAGACGGCUGACACUGGGCCCACUGAGCAGCUGGAGGACGCCCAGGCCGUGGAGCCCCCCCUCAACGGAGAAGUGGCUGAGGACGCCCUGGCUGAAUGUGUUGACUCCGUGAGCCUCGAGGCAGAACCUGGAUCCGAAAUACCCCUGAAAGAACAGAGUCAUGCGGCUGUGGAUUCCGCUCCACGUGGAGGGGGAUGGGCAGGCUGGGGCUCCUGGGGCAAAUCUCUGCUCUCAUCAGCAUCUGCCACAGUAGGUCAUGGACUGACGGCGGUCAAGGAAAAAGCAGGGGCCACCUUGAGGAUUCACAGUGCAAAUUCUGGCUCUUCCGAAGGGGCCCAACCUGAUACCGAAAAUGAAGUCCCUCAAGUAGCAGAUGCGGCCGCAGAGCAGAGCCCCGCGGAAAGUCCACCCACUUCACCUUCAUCGGGGUCCCGGGGCAUGCUGUCGGCCAUCACCAGUGCGGUUCAAAACACAGGUAAAAGCGUCUUAACGGGUGGUCUCGAUGCUUUGGAGUUCAUCGGCAAGAAAACCAUGAAUGUCCUUGCAGAAAGUGACCCAGGUUUUAAGCGGACUAAGACACUCAUGGAGAGAACUGUUUCCUUGUCUCAGAUGCUACGGGAAGCCAAGGAGAAAGAGAAGCAGAGACUGGCUCAGCAGCUCACGGCCGAGAGGACCGCACACUACGGGAUGCUGUUUGAUGAGUAUCAAGGUCUGUCACACCUGGAAGCCCUGGAGAUUCUGUCCAGUGAAAGCGAGAGCAAGGUUCAGUCAUUUUUAGCAUCACUUGACGGAGAGAAGCUGGAACUCUUAAAAAAUGACCUAAUUUCCAUUAAAGACAUCUUUGCAGCCAAAGAAUUAGAGAAUGAAGAGACUCAAGAAGACCAAGGCUUAGAAGAAAAGGGUGAAGAAUUUGCGAGCAUGCUUACAGAGCUUCUCUUUGAAUUACAUGUUGCGGCCACACCUGACAAACUCAAUAAGGCCAUGAAAAAAGCUCAUGACUGGGUGGAAGAGGAUCAAGCUGUGGUGCCAGUAGAUGUGGCCAAAGAGUCAGAGGACACAGCCAAGAAGGAAGAAGAGGAAGAGAAACCUGCAAACCCCAAAGAAGACAAGGAGGAAGAAAGGAAAACUAAGACAGUUGAGGAUGUAUACAUGCUGUCCAUCGAAAGUCUGGCAGAAGUAACAGCUCGCUGUAUUGAGCAGCUUCAUAAAGUAGCAGAAUUAAUUCUUCAUGGACAAGAAGAGGAAAAGCCAGCUCAGGACCAAGCAAAAGUCCUGAUAAAAUUAACUACUGCAAUGUGCAAGGAAGUGGCCACCCUAUCAGAGAAGUUUACAAGAACUUUAACCGCUGUUGGGAGCCACCAGAAGGCCGAGGUCCUUAACCCCAUGAUCAAUAGUGUAUUGUUAGAGGGCUGCAACAGCACGACGUACAUACAGGAUGCCUUCCAGCUGCUGCUGCCUGUCCUGCAGGUUUCACACAUCCAGACCAGUUGUUCCAGAGCACGGCCGUGACCUGGCCAGACUCCAUGGAGUUCAAGGAAACGGCAGGCCCUGGUGCAUUGUUACAUACCAUUUCAUGGGAUGUUUUCCACGCCCCUGGCCACAGAUGCCCGUUUGAAGACACUAUAAGCAAUUUUGCACGGACAGUAUUGAGAAUGCAAGUUUAAAGAGAAUAUCAUUUCUCUUAAUGUAUAUGGUUAUUUUACAAAUAAUUAUGUUUCCUUAAUGUUAAUUUAAACUUACACAGCUUUGUAUUGAUAAUUUUCUUUAAUCUGAAGUUCACUCACAAAUACUCAUUUCCAUUUUCCUGCUCAAGCACACUACAUUUAGAAAUUCCUGGGCAGACCUUUGACUUUAAAUUUCCACUUUUAAGUUCCCCAUUCUUAUAAUAUGACUUUAAAUCAAUUCUUAUACUGAACUUAGUUUUGUUUUAUAAAUACCAUGGGUAGAGAUAACACUACUUACAGAUUUUACCAAUGAUGGUGAAAGAGGAACAUAAGUAUCUCUUUAUUGUCAUUUAUUCUCAAAAUAAGCAUUUAUUGAGCUCUUACUGUGUGCUCACAAUAGAGGAACAUGCUCUCACCCCAAUAGAGGCAGCUAGUCUGAAAAAGGAUUUAUAAUAAUUCCUAAAAUACUUUAAAAUACUAAUAAAUUUUUUAAACCUGAAAAAAAUUGAAGAACAAAGUAUACUAGUGGGUUUGUUUUUUUUUUUUUAAUGUUUUACUUUUCAGUUGAUUGUAUUUUUUCUCACACUUCUUGAACUUUUUUAUCCCAAACUUUACAUCUGGAGUGAAAACAUAUAUGAAAAGGGAUACUAAAGAAUAUUUUGUAUGAAGUUGACUUCUUAGGGCCAUACACACACGAGAGUGUAGUCACAAAGCCUGCACAUACGCGAACAGCAGAUGGAAGGGAGCCCAACACGGCAGAGCCCCAGGGAUGCACUUUUAAAUCCACUACAGUUGAGUCACGCUGUUCCAUGAAUGCACAGGUCACACUCGCCGGUGGCAAAUGGCAUCAUUGCUUCUAAAGACAGACAGUGCUGAUGUGUGGAUGACUACAUGGUUUCACAGUCCACGAAGCUGCACAGAAGACCCUGCAGCCAGGAGAGGCUUUGUCAAUGGACACUUCUGCCCUGAGCCCCACACGUCACUCCGGCUGGGGGUUCUGUACCAUAUUCCUAUUUCAGAGACCAUUAACAUCCCUACAGGUACUGUCACAAGACGUCUUGCCCAGUGGCUCUCUCCAGGCCAAGUGAAGCCUGUAUUUUUGCCAGGGUGAAAAUCCCUCAUUCACAUUUGCUUUUAUUCCUCUGAUAGAGUAGACUGCCUUUGUUCCACCCAGGCAAAGUACAGAUAUUUGAAUAUCAUCCUACUUACUAACAUUUCAUUUUCCUAUAUCCUUUGUUUCAUUGGUAUAUCUCCUGAAACAACCAAAUGAAAAAUACAAGAAUUUAUUUAUAAUCUAGAAAAAAAAUUGCUCUGAGGAAUCAAUUAAAGAUGGUUUUUCCUACUUG